AUCAAGCAUGCCAAUACACAGCUCACGCUCGCUGCACCGAAUGUCAGCAGUGUCAGUAAUCCCGGAGAACCGAGCGAGACGGGGCUAGCGCUGUGAGUAUGAGGCUGCACUGCUCAGCGCUUGGGUGUGAGUGAGAGUGGGGUAAACAGGUCGAGUCGAGUCGGGUCGGGUCGCGUACCUUUUGCACUGACUGUUCUAGGCAGUCAGGCACAAGAAGGCUUUUUGAAUAGUAGCAGUGCGCGGUACUGUCUGUGUGCGCUUCGGUUUUUUGUGUGGACCGUGAUUUUUCUGUGAGAGAUUCGUGCGACGGCAGGCAGGAGAGUGUAACUUUCUACCAGGCUGACGCAUCUGCAAUCUUCCGCUGGCUAGCCUGCGGCGACGGCUUAUCAGCAGCGACCUAUUGCGAAACCUAUGCUCUUUUGGUGCAUUCGCUUUUAGUUUUUUUGUUCGCUACUAUUUUCGUUCACCGGAACGUUAUCGGGAACGCCGUGUAAUCGGACGUGACACGAACCGUGACAUUUACAGUGACAAUCGCGCGGAUUAGCGAGCGAGUGCCUGCGGCGAUCGCGAGUGAUAGCGUGAAAUAUUUCAAACGGGGAAACAUUUCGUGACUGAUGCAUUUCGGCCACGUGAUUUGGCAGUGAUUCGCGGCAGAGUGAUAUCAUUGAAGCAGAAAGAAGACUCCGCGACAAGCGAGGAAGAAACAAGAGUAGAAUACUGAAAUUGUUUAUGAUUGCAUUUGGAAAACAACGCCGCUUGUGGAAAUAAAUAUGAUUGUUGUAGGUUUGUGAUAAGACGAAGCUGCUGGUUUUGAUUUGGUUUGUUUUCGAAUUGGUUCGCGUCUUUGUUUUCUCAGUUUUCUGUGCUAAUCGAGAGUGAAUUCCGGAACAGUUGCCAAACAGCGCGGGUGGCGAUUUCUAGCGAACCUCGGUGAUUUAAGCAGGAAAAAUUUUCCUCGAUAGCGUAGGCCCCGAUUGUGGGGCCAAAACCGGUAGCAAUAUUAUAACCCACAACUCGCUCAGCAUGUACGGAGGAGGUGUCCUGUGUCCGUCGCCUUCGACGGCGACUGGAUUCUACAAUCCGCGAGGCCAGGGCUCCGAGAUUGGGGCCCUUGAGUUGGGCUUCCCCCGGGGGAUGGCCUUGGUACCUCCUCCGCCGCACGGUGCCUGGCGGGAUCCGACCGGCCUUGGAUCUCACCUGCCCGUAUCCAGCACCAGUGAAGACAUUACGACCCUUGGCGGUGGCAACGCUCCACCGACCGUCUCCUCGAUGCAAUCCAACACAUCGAUCGAUAAGAAAGAUUUCAUAUCAUCUGCGUCGGCGGGUUCUCAGCACAAUGCUGGCAGCCUGGCAGUCUCCCAGCACACUUCCGUGGACAAAAAGGAGUUCCUGUCGCUUCAGCAGAGCACCACUCCCGGCUCCCAGAGUAUGAACUCCCAGAACGGAAGUCAACAGGACAUCAAAAAUCAAAACAUCGAAUGCGUCGUCUGCGGUGACAAAAGCUCCGGCAAACACUACGGACAGUUCACAUGCGAAGGUUGCAAAUCGUUCUUCAAGCGAUCGGUCCGACGGAACCUCACCUACUCGUGUCGGGGCAAUCGCAACUGCCCGAUCGACCAGCACCACCGGAAUCAGUGUCAAUUCUGUCGUCUACGAAAGUGCCUCAAAAUGGGAAUGCGACGCGAAGCCGUUCAACGAGGUCGCGUUCCACCGUCGCAACCGCCAGGCCUCCCCUAUGGCCAGUACUCGAUACCUAACGGGGACGCCGUCACCGGUUUCAAUGGACACUCGUAUCUUAGUUCCUACAUCUCGCUACUACUCCGGGCGGAACCGUAUCCCACCUCCCGGUACGGGCAGUGCAUGCAGACGAAUAACAUCAUGGGCAUCGACAAUAUCUGUGAACUGGCAGCACGGUUACUGUUCUCUGCCGUUGAGUGGGCCCGAAAUAUCCCCUUCUUUCCGGAUCUCCAAGUGACGGAUCAAGUAGCGCUACUGAGGCUUGUCUGGUCUGAACUGUUUGUGCUAAACGCAUCUCAGUGUUCGAUGCCACUGCACGUGGCACCUCUGCUGGCAGCUGCCGGCCUCCACGCAUCCCCCAUGGCCGCCGAUCGUGUGGUCGCCUUCAUGGACCACAUCCGGAUAUUCCAGGAACAGGUCGAGAAACUGAAGGCGCUGCACGUAGACUCUGCCGAGUACUCCUGUCUGAAAGCAAUAGUCCUAUUCACAACAGAUGCCUGCGGCCUGUCAGACGUAGCUCACAUUGAGUCCCUACAGGAGAAAUCCCAGUGCGCCCUGGAGGAAUACUGCCGGUCUCAGUAUCCCAACCAGCCGACCCGUUUCGGGAAACUCUUACUGCGGUUACCCUCGCUGCGAACGGUUUCCUCCCAAGUGAUAGAACAGCUCUUCUUCGUCCGAUUAGUCGGCAAAACGCCAAUCGAGACGUUAAUCCGCGACAUGUUGCUCUCGGGCAGUAGUUUCUCGUGGCCCUAUCUACCUUCGAUGUGACACACCGCCGUGUGGCGUCAGUUGACAACGACAUGAUCUUCACUGAUGAUGGGCGGCACGUCGUCCACGGUUGUGGCCGCGGCAGCUCUUCAACAGCAGCAUCAGCAGCAGCAACAGCAACAACAACAACAGCAGCUAGAGCAACAACAGCAACUUCAGCAACAGCAGCAGCAGCAACAACAUCAGCUGUCGCAGCCACAGCUCUCACAAACACAAGCGCAGGUCGCUGCUUCAUCUUCUUCCGCGCUAGGAGCGCUUUCGCCGUCGUCCACUUCGUACUACAGCAGCUGCUGUUCGGAUGUUGCCGCCGCUGCCUUGUCCUCCCUGAUGGCAACCACCAGCCAAUUCACGCAGUUUCAGAGCUCGCUCAACUUUGCCAGCAAUAACAACGUUAGCCACAACAGCAAUAGCAAUUGUAGCAGCAGCACAAACAACAACCACGUCAAUAGCUUGGAUCAUCUAUCAACAGCACUGGAGAACGCAUCGUCCAAUCAGAACGCAACGCAGCAGGCGCAGGACGAUCCGGAGGCGGGGCAACAACGCCGACAAGACCAACAGCAGCAAGAAGAACUACCAGCUAUCUUGAUGGGUGCUAAUAUUCUAGAGAAUAGUAACAUUACAAACAUAAAUCUAAUUGAUAACGAUAGGAAUAAUGACUCCGACAGUAACCACGACGGUCAUCGGCAUCAUCGACAGCACGAGAUCGAAACCAACGUUUCGGUCGUCGAUGAUGACAUCCCUUGAACUCAAUCAAAGCAAGCCGGAUUUAUUUUUCAGCUUCACUAGCAAAGUUGGCCAUCUUCGAUAGGCGUUUUUUUCUAAAUCAUUUAUUAAUUUUCUAAAUGCUCAACUGAAAUCAAACAUGGAAGAAAUUUUUCGGUGCCAUUCUUGAUUAGAUUGUCAAAACGGAAAGUGCAAAAAAAUGUAACCGACGGAUUUCUCACAAAGGAAAAUCCACCACCAAUGAACAGCACCGAUUCAUUACUCAAAAAAUGAAACCGAAACGUACUUCAAAAAAAUAAUAACGAAUGCAAUACAAAUGUGUCACGAAUGUGAAAAUGUACUAUUUUUAGCCGAAUAUAUUUAUUUAUUUCAAAAUGUACAAAACAAGCUUCCCCAUCUGUCCUGUGGCCCUAACAGGAUAUGUUAGUAAUAUACUUAAAAUGGAACAUCAGGAAAAAUUUCCUUCUCAAACGCAUACUUACAAUAGAGAAACCAAUAGCACAGAAAACAAGCAUUGAACAGCAACAACAACAAUUGCAAUCUUAUGGCCGUCCAUAGACUCUCGAAUUCUUUGUAAAUACGAAAGCAAACGCGAAACAGCAUCUCCCCCAUUUCCAUUCGAGAAGCGAUACUUACAGUACCGAAUCUCAAAAUCCAACUCGCUUCCAGUAAACAGUGUACCACCUUUCGUAGGACAUCUAUCAUCAGAGUUAAAUCCAUUAAACAAAAACUGUACAAUUGUACAUUCAAACCAACAAAAAGGAAAAUGUAGUUUUUAUAAUCGUUCAAACAACAUGUUUAAAACAAGUAACAUACAAAAUGCAUAAUGUAAAAAAUUAUAUGGAUGUGACUGCGUUUGUUCGAACAACAAAAAAUAUGAAAACUCAAAUUGACGAUAUUUCCAAACUGUGGAACAAAAAGGAAUCUUAUUACAAAAAAAGCAUCAAAUGUAGUUAAAUGAAAUAAAACCCCAAAAAUGUUUUGAAUCCCCAAAACCUCUACUGUAAAUAUAGGAAACGUCCUCUAUCGUGGGAAGUCUUUGUACGUUGUCUUGUUCGAAAUCAAAAUUAAUUGUUUAGCUCGAGCGAAAAAUGGUUAAGAGCCGGGAAGGGAAACAAAACCUAGGUUUGUUUCUUAGUUUAGUCAAAAACGAAAACAAAAAUCAAUGUUUCGUUCAAAUCUUGCAAUAUUCAAAAAACGUACGCCGUACUUCUUGACUCGUUCGAAUCCUUCUCAGUUUUCCAUUUUCGUUCUCGAAGUGAAUGAACGCAAAAAAAAUCUAGUUAAAUCUGAAUGACAAAGUUACACACAUAUUUAUCAGGAUGCGGCAAGCUACCGGACCGAGUGUAACUGAGCAAAUAAGUAGUAAGUAAUCUUGAAUGAUAAGAAGGAUAGUGGAAUCAAAUUGAUGAAUUGAGACAAGAACAAACGGAAAGAAGUAUGU